GUUACAGACACAACAUCUCUUCUUCUUCUCAUCUUUCUAACUCCGCCGCCUCACCUUCUGAUCUCCUUCUGCUCUGCUCUGAUCCCUUGUGAACGUUAUUGCCUUAGAGAUGAUGAUGAUGUCGUCGCUCGGAGGUGGCGGUGGCGGCGGAGGAGGGAGGUUUAUGACGUAUUCGUCGUCUCUCGCGGUUCCGCCUUCUGUUCCUCAGUCGCCUAACUACUCCGGUGGGAUCCGAUCACAGUCUUCUGUAUUCGUUGAGCAGGAGAAGUAUCUUUCAGAGUUACUCGCAGAGCGUCGUAAUCUUACUCCAUUCUUGCCUGUGCUUCCGCAUGUAUGUCGCCUACUGAACCAGGAGAUUUUGCGUGUAACCACACUGUUGGAGAAUGCCACAUUUUUAAGCCAGAGUGGCCUUGACCACACUAACCCUGGAGGGAUAUAUCAGAAUGCAAGAGCUGACAUGAGCGGAUGGGCCUCGCAGUUUCCAUCAGAAAAAUCUGUUCCAUCGUCUCCCGGACCAAACUGGCAUAACUCACCUGGUAGUCCGUCUGGUCUGAUCGCCAAGCGAACUAUCAGGAUCGAUAUUCCAGUCGACGAAUAUCCAAAUUUCAAUUUCGUUGGUCGCCUCCUGGGACCUAGAGGAAACUCCCUGAAGAGAGUUGAAGCAAGUACUGGUUGCCGUUUUCUUAUAAGAGGAAGAGGCAGUAUCAAAGAUCAAUAUAAGGAGGAAAUGAUGAGAGGAAAGCCUGGAUUUGAGCACUUAAGUGAGCCACUGCAUAUCUUAGUCGAAGCUGAGUUACCUAUUGAAAUAGUCGAUGCACGUCUCAUGCAAGCUCGUGAAGUACUAGAUGAACUUCUUACUCCUAUGGAGGAGACACAUGACUUUUACAAGAAACAGCAGCUGAGAGAGCUAGCAUUGCUCAAUGGAACUCUUCGUGAAGAAGGAUCUCCAAUGUCCGGUUCUGUUUCUCCUUACAAUAGCCUCGGUAUGAAGAGAGCCAAAACAAGAGAAGUGUAGAAAACAAAUGCCUCAAAACACAGUUUUGUUGUUGUGAUCUCUCCCACAUCUCAAGGAAUAU